UGUGCCACGAUGCGACUGCUUUCGGUUUCUUCCCUGCUCAUCGCAAUUCUUUGGCUGGCCUGCUUCGAUGGAGCAAAUGCCGAAUGCUGCACCACCGUGGCGAAACUGGAGUUUAAUAUUACUAACGGAGUCUGCGGACAGGUUAAUGCCAUAUCGACUCGCAGAGGUUGUACUAUCACUGUUUGCGGAGAUGGAAAGGCGCUGGUGGGAUCCUUUUGCGGUCGUGGUCCGUGCAACAUCUUCGGCUGCAACUGCGAUGAUGGCUGCCUUUAUGGAAGCUAUGGCGAAAGCUUUCUGGCCAGAAAUGGAAGAUUUGACAUCCAUAUAAUAAACACUGAAAUGGUACAAAAGACUACAUGGAACAGUAUCUUUGAAUUUUUUUCAAAUUUUUUUUAUGGACAGUUCUAGUAGGCGCCGUCUUAGCUAUCACAAAAAUAUAAGCACAUAUAUGUGAAUACCUACCAAAUAUUAUUCAUUUAUUGUAUUACCUAUAUAUAUUAUUAUUGUGCAAAAUAUAAUAUACAGCACAUAACAAUGUUUACAAUUUUUAAGGAGGGGAAGGUAAGCGUUUG